AUGGACAAUCCCCUGGCUGGAGGCGAUCGGGCCGAGGGGGCUGCCGGGCAUGAAGGCGGAAGGAACAAUCUCUCGGCAAGUUGUACCUCCACUUCCGCAGGAGACAAUGCGGCAUCAUCGCCGACGGCCAGGCCGCCCCCGACAGCGCCACAGCCCCCGGUAGCUGGCGCCGGCGUUGCUGCCGCCGGCAGCAGCGUUGACGCUAGUCGCCCCCCGUCCUCUCCUGGGCAGGCGCUGCGUUCUCUUCCUGCUGGCUCCACCAGGCUGUUGCUGCCUAUUGGCCCGCAGCGGCAGCAACGUCAACAUGCCCGGCGCAGCGACGAGACCACGACGGCCGCUCCCGCUGCUGCUGGCGCUUCGAAGAAACGCCCGUCAAGACCUGCAGCACGCCUGCGCCGCCUGCCCCCCCCUCCCCCAUGCUCCUCGAUACACACCCUGUUGCGAGAGCGCCAGCGACGCGGCGCAGGUAGGUUCCUGACGAGGGAAGGCCGUCGGAGCGUGUGCCCGCUCCACUAUGCGUACGGCGGCAACCCUAACACCUUGCGCCGGCUGGAGCUGUCGGGAGAGCUCCGCGGGCACGACGGCUGCGUGAACACCGUGUCCUGCUCCCCCGAUGGGAAGUACUGGAUCAGCGGCAGCGACGACCUGAAGCUCAUGAUCUGGGACUGCGAGAGCCACAAGCGCAAGACCAGCUUCCACAGCAGGCACCAAAACAACGUCUUCCAGGCACGCUUCCUCCCCUACACAGACAACGAAAAGAUCGUUUCUUGUGCUGCGGAUGGGCAGGUGAGACUGACGAAUCUUUCCCGCAGCACCAGCGAGCUCCUCGGGGAGCAUGAGGGGCGGGCUCAUCGCCUGGCCAUCGAGCCGGGCUCGCCCCACCGAUUCAUGACUUGCGGGGAGGACGGAGUGGUCUUGUCCUUCGACCUGAGGGCACCCCUCGCCCGCAACAUGGGCGCGACCCUGCUCAGGCAGCCCGGGGGGCGGAGCAUCAGCGGCAUGGCGCUCAAUCCGGCGGACCCCAACGUCCUCUUCGUGUGCGGCGACUCCCCUUACCUGGACAUGUUCGACGCCCGCAAGGCGGACGUUCCCGCGGCGAGGUUCUGCCCGAGAAGCCGCAGGGGCUCGCGCGCGCAUAUCACGGGGGUUGCCGUGAAUUGGUGCGGCACCGAGGUGGUGGCGACGUACAACCCUUCCGGGGAGGUUUACCUCUUCGACGUCAAGAAACAUGCCUCAAGGGGCACGGGCAGCGCUCCCAUGUGGUGCCCUUCCAUCCGCGAAGGCCUCCUCGAGCAAGGCCAGCAGCAGCAGCAACAACGGCAGCAGGCGCAGGCGUCGAGGAGGGGGAGGGAGGAGGAGGAGGAAGAGCGGGUGCAAGACGUCGGCGGGCGAGACGAGGAGGAGGAGGAAGAGGAGGAGGAGGAGAAGGAAGAAGAGGGCGGCGGUGGUGAGGAACAGGAAGAACGUCGAGAGCCGACGUAUGCGGCGAGAUUCACGGGUCAUCGGAACCUGCUGACCGUGAAGCAGGUGACAUUCUACGGUCCUCGUAGUGAGUUCGUCGUGAGCGGGUCAGACUGUGGCCACAUCUUCUUCUGGAACAAGAGCUCGGCAAAGCUGGAGAUGCUGCUGUUCGGUGACAAAGUCGGAGCCGUGAACUGCCUGGAACCACACCCCUACCUGCCGGCCCUUGCCACCAGCGGCCUGUCCAAAACCGUAAAGGUUUGGAGGCCCCCCAGGAUUACCCCCGUCGGCGAACUGGUGGGCAAAAGGGGCAAGUCCCCCCCGGAAAUCCCAACGGAAAACCCGGAAAUGGGGCAAAACCAAAGGGAACAAGGAAAGGCGGCAGCCCGGGUUGCCAUCACGCAGGAGAUGUUGCUGAGCAUCCUUGGCCUGGCCCCGUUCGACGAUGAGGGAGACGGCGGGGCGCGGGGGGGAGCAGCGGGCGGAGGAGGAGGAGGAGGAGGAGGAGGAGGAGGAGGAAGGGGGGAAGGGGCAACGGCGGCGGCAGGCGCGGGCGGAGCCAACAGAGGCGGGCAUGGAGCGGCUGCGGGAGCGAGAGGAGGUAGUCCGACGAGAAGGCUAAGCGCACGGGCGCGCCUGGCGUUGCUCCACCGAGCCAUGGGGAUGAUCUCGGGCAUGGGUGGCGAGGAAGAGGACGAGGAGGACGAGGAAGAGAGCGAGUAUGAAGGGGCCGGGAGCAGCCAGGACAGCGAAGACGUCGACUAUGGGGAGGAGGAGGAAGAGGAAGAGGAAGAAGAAGAGGAGGAGGAGGAGGAGGAGGAAGAGGAAGAGCAAGAGGAGCCUGGGCGGCCCAUUCGGGGCACCCCGCUGCAGGGGCCUAGGGAGGGAGGGUUGACGGCGACGGCAACAGCGGCCGGUCUCAGCCUCGAAGUCGUCUCGUGUGAAAGCGACAGCAGCGGCGACAACGAAGGGAGCGGCGCCGGCGCCGGCGGUCAGAUACCGAACGGCGAUGUCACGGGAUGAAAUAAAUGCAGAGGCGGCGGCAGCGACCACUCCCUCGCAUGAGCGGCAGCGGCGUCAUGAUCGAAGAAGAGAAAGUUAUGGCGAUGCAGUUGUCCUCGAUAUUUUACGGCUCGGCUCGUUUCCGCAGGGCGUGCGCUUUGGUUGUAUUCGCGUAACUUAUUUAAUUGUCUUGGAGUCUAGCUAUAAACCUUGGGGUGGGGUCAUGCCUACGCAUACGCCAACAGAAGUUGUACAUAACAAGACCCGGAGAGGUCAAUUAUAAAUGUAAUGGAGUGUGUCGGCCGGGCUAUCCGCCUGAGCGUGACACGUUGAUUAGUCUAAGCGGGACAACAAAAAGGAACGCAAGAGGGAAUCUGUAGCCCGGCGUCCGCUGAGUGAGUGAAUGUGUCUUGUUCUCACGUGGUGCACUCCAUCAUG